CUCCGAUCAUUCGCCGGCGAGAGCUCGGCCCGAGUACUUCAAGGAGAGAUUUUCAUUUCCCACGGCACCGAGCUCACCACGCGGUAACCAUCGAGUGUUUAUCGUGACAAUUAAAAUGAACUUGAUGAAUUUCACAUACGAAAGUAAAUCAUUGUGACGAAAUCCCGCCCCCUCGCGUUUUUCCUAUAUUUUACUGCAAUUGAUUUUCACUGAAAAUAAAUUUGCUGAAAAUUUUUAAUUGACUGUUUUAUCAGUGACAUAUUAGUGAAAAUUGUGCAUUGUGAUAUUAAAUCGGCGAGAAAUUGUGGACACGACGAAUUAUUCUCAUUGGAUAUUAAAUUCUUUGUGAGGUGAAAAUUCAAUUGCAGAAGUAAAAAAUAAAUGAAUAAAUAAAAAUUCAUCAAGUUGAGGGUCAAGGUUUCCCAUGCGGUGGUUUCCCAUGAGGUUUUGGAACGACGAGAUCACGUACCGUCACUCUUUGAGAAUCAGAGAAAGUGAAGAGGCCCGGUUUUGUAUAUACACAGUAAGAGGAACAGUAGAAGGAGUUGUGGCGCCUCUCUGGUAUCCCAACAAGUGAGAGAGGUACCUUCUACCCUGGCUGAAGAAACGUGACGUACAGCCGAUCCAUUACGAGGAAUUCCGCGCCUGGGCAAUUCUUAGCCAGUUGGAUAUUACAAGAGGCCUUUUUCAUCUUCACACUUGACUCUGUGAAAACGACUUGUGGCUAGUCGUUUAUUCCCUGACGCUUUGUGAUUCCAAUAGUUUUUCUUUUUUCAUUGGUUUGAGGUGUAUUAACUGAGGGGGAUGAGUACAUCUGGUUGGUGGGGUUGACCACAGGGAUCAUCAGAACAACGUUGAUUGCAUAUCCAACUGUUGUCAUUACUUUCAGUCGAGAGAGGGAGGAAAAAAGUAGCCGAGAUAAGUGAGAAAACAAAAUUUUCAUGCAUCUCCGAAAAAUGAGGAUAUAAAUGAUGAUAAUUAAAUGAAUGAAGAAAAAUUACUCGGAAAAUAAAAAGAAUCGUUUAGCGAUAAAUCAGAGAAUAUUGACGGGGAAUUUGUUGGAUUCUUCGUUGAGAGAGAUAAGGAAUUGAAUAAUAAAAAAUUGACGAGGGGACGGGGGAACUCCAGGGAAUGCGGUUGGGGGAUGGAUGAGGAAGUUGUAAUUUAACCUCGACGACGCGCAUCACAUGCAGCAUUUCCUCCCACAUUUUUUUUUCAUCUCCCCUCCACGUCCAAGAUAAUUAUAAAGCGGUUUUUGUGACUUGAACGGUUUCAUGUGAAUGUGGUGAUUUUUUAAAAGUGAAGGUUUUUAUUGUGAAUCUAUUGACAAUGUGCUUUGAGGGGACAAAUAACACCUGAAUCACUCCUGGUGAGAUGACGAAUGUUAACAGGAUCCGGGUGGUCGUUCUCGGCGGCCCGAGAGUUGGAAAAUCUGCUGUUGUAGUUCGAUACUUAACAAGACGAUACAUCGGGGAAUACAGUUCAACCAGUGAUUUUCUCUAUCGUCACAGUGUUACCAUUGACAAUGUCACAACAGAGGUGGAGAUACUGGAUACCUCCAGGUGCGAGGAGAAUGGCUGUUUGUACUCACACAUACGGUGGGGUGAGGCAUUCGUCAUCGUCUACAGUGUGACUUGCAAACGCAGCUUUCAAGAGGCACGAGGACUUCUCAAACAGCUGGCUGAUCUUCGUUUACCAUCGUACUUCACUGCCCUUUUACUCGGCAACAAACGAGACCUCGAUCAUGCACGAGAGGUGUGUGUAGACGAGGGUCAACAGCUGUCUCUAGCUCACGGAUGUCAAUUCUACGAGGUGAGUGCAGCCGAAAGCCCUGCGGGUGCAGCCCUAGCCUUUCAAGCCCUAUUGCGUGAGGCGCGAUCAGUUCAACUACUUCGAGCCCUGCCAAUAAGACGAAAACUCGGUGUCCACUCAGUAUCGCGAGUACUAGGCACAAUAUUUGGUAAGAACACGACGAAAGACAGAAAGAAGAGGCCAUCGUUGAGCAUAUGACGCCUCCUGUGCGCCCUCCUACUCGGAGGACGUGACGAACCCGAGAAACGCACUAAUGUCAUUGUUCUCAGCAGCAAUGUCUACGCGAAUCGUUGAAUAAGAUUAUUUUUCCCCCGAGGAUCGAAAGUCCUCGGGUUGUGGUACAGGUGGUUCGUUACGCCUCAGCCCUCACUCCUCUCGGGUGGAAGGAUUCCGAGGUGUAGGCUCUCCUCAUGGAGUUUGGACUUGACUCCAUGCUGGAGAAAUUGUCAAAUUAAUGCGGAGGUCGCACGAGAGUCAGUUGAAAGUCGAGAUGAAGACUACUGGGACCUGAAUUGCGAUGAGAUGUGCAAUUGAUGGUGAAGGACUGGUGUUCUUCAACAGUGAAACCUUUUGUGAAAUUGUAAUUGAAUUGAAUCAGUUGUCAAGUGGUGCGAAUUCGAUUUCUCCCAUAACUUUGAAAUGUUGAAAGACAUUUUUUUUUUGUUGAAAAUUAAACUGAUGCAUGGAAUUUUUAUGCAUUAAAUAAUGGUGUACGAGCACUCAAUGAAUGGUAGAAAAUACCUCUUGCCUCCGAAAAUGAAGAAUGAUGAAAAAGUAACAGACAAUCAACAUUUUCAUUGACCACUUUUCACUCGAUGUGUACAUACCAAGUAGGAGAAAAUUUAAUUAAAAAUUCCAUGAGAAAUUAUUAAAGACGAUCGAAUGAGAUGAAAAAUGGAAAAUUUUCAAAGUGCCAUUUCACCCAGUAACAGGCAAAUUGAAUUCUAAAUGCCUCGAAAGAAAUGAAAAACUAAAGGGCAAUAAAAAAAGAAAAUUAUUAAAAUGCCAUUUCAUCAUUGACAUGCUCCUCUUUGAAAAAACAGGUAAUGAUUUCGUGGCAAUUAUGUGAUAUCCUUUCAACAUCCUCAUACCCCAAUAAUGUAAAAAAUUCCACUCUCAUUCCAAUUAAUCAGAAAAAUCGUAUACAAUUUUGUAUUCAUUACAAACUGUCAUGUAGCUUUUUACCCAUUGGAAUUAAUGUUUUUAAACUCGCCCAUCCACUGCCAUUCAUUUUACUUAAUUUUUCCUGCCCAAUGUAAAAACAAACGAAAGAAAAAAAAUGUCCAACGUGUCCGGAUGCCUGGAGAAAACGGUACGAAGAGGCAUCGUCAAUUCACUUUCCAAAAUUUUAUAUAUGCAACAGUGGGAGAAGAAAGAAGAUGUAUCCACGUUUCACUUAAUGCUUAAAUUAAUUGUUACUCGAUGACGUUGUCUCGGUGGUGAUUAAACCAUCAGUGUCCCGAGUGAAUGAGGUAUGUUCCUAAGUCGAUUAUUUUUAAUG